AUGGCUACACCAGAUUUCAAGAAGCUUACACUUUGCGGCGCAUUAUUUUGUCCUUACGUUCAGCGCACUCGUAUCACACUCGCAGAAUUGGGCGUAGACUAUGACUUUGUGAUCAUUGAUGCAAAGAACAAACCCGCUUGGUAUCUAGACAUUUUUCCAGAGGGAAAAAUCCCUUGUUUGAUCGACGAGAAUAAGCAUACCAUCCCUGAUUCUCUGACAAUUGUUCAAUAUCUGUGUGAACGAUUUGCUGAUAAGAAAGCCUUGAUUUCUGAUGAUCUUGUCAAGCGUGCUGAUAGUCGUUAUGCUAUUGAAUUCUACAGUAGCUCCAUCGGGUCUGAUUACAACAAAUAUCUCAAUACAUGUGGCGAAGACGGCUCUUUCAGGCACUACAGAAUGGUCAUGAACGCACAUUUACUUCGUCUAGAUCAAUUGCUAAGAGCUCAAUCAACCACAGGACCCUACUUUUUAGGGACUGAAUUCACUUAUGCAGACAUUGGCAUGGCGUCGUUUGUGAUCCGUAUGCUUACGUUUAAUAAACACAUGCUCGAUGGAUUUGAAUUUAGCGCUCUCGAAGCAUGCCCAAGAGUAGCCAACUACUUUGAAGCACUCGUCAGUAGGCCAUCUGUACAAGAAACAUUCUUGGGUACUGAAGGAUAUCUCACUUGGUUGACAAAUGAUCACAAUGUAGCAAAGCCCACCAAAAAAUAA